CUGCUCUGUUUUUAAUCAAUCGCGACCACGAGCUGUUGAUGAGCAGACGAUCGUAUUCAUUAGAUAUCAACAGAUCAAUUGAUUUUGAUUGGGUGUGAAUAUUACACUCCCUGCAGAGGCGAUCCUUCAACACUUCACAUCCUCGCGCACGCCUUUUUCGUGACGCUGCUUGGAGUUUAAUGCAACUCUUUUAGAAAAGCCAUCCCAUUCAUACCGAUCCAGCAUUUUAUUGCUUUCUUCGGACAGCGACUCUUGGGAGGUUUCUACGUAUCUCCCAAUAGGACUUAGUGAAAAGUGCAUUUAGAAGGCUUCAAUUUUCUUCAAUACUUGGCUGGAUGGGGUUUUAGAAAGCAGCUGUGUAUCGGAUUCGAAGUAUUUCAAGUGUUAGUCAAGGAGAACCCCAAUCAAGAAGUUGCGACGUUUUUUCACCGUCAGCCAUGUUGGAGGCGUCUUCCCGCCGACCGCCGAUGAUUUGUCAUGUCAUGAUUUUUUGGGCUUGCUUUCUUUUGUCUGUCCCUUAUAUGGCCGGUGGAUGAUGACGUCACGUGCAACCGCUCUAUAAAUAUCUGUUGCUAAAAUUGGGUUUCCAGAGUUGGGUUUCCAUUUCACUGUUGCUACUUCAGUAGUAGAUCACUUUCCAAAGGAAACUUACUUUAUCAUUUCCACCACCAGCUGACGAGACAAAAUAGGCGGACAAGUAGCUCAUGAUGAAGACUAUGACAAAGAUGCGGAACUUUUUGCUUUUCUCAGCAAUAUUGUGUUCUGUGAAUUCAAUGUCAAUCAAGUUCCCUGGACUACUGCCCAAGCCACAAGAGUCUUCCGAAGAAGAAAAUCCAUACAAAAACACAAAAGCUGCGGAAUCAUUGCUGGAAUUUCCGUACAAAAUUCAUCUCGACCCGAACGGCCGUCUGGUACUUAGAUGGGCGACGGACUUUGAGCGAGAAAGGAUUGUUUUCAGCCUUCGUGCUGCCAUUGAUGACCAUGAGAGGGUCGGGAUGGGGUUUUCCGCCUACGGGGAGCCGGAGGAAGCUGACCUGGUGCUGUUCUGGAGGGAUGAAAAGAGAAAAGUUCAUUUUAAGGAUGCAUGGACAGACAGGAAGGGGUUAAUUCACUAUGACGAGCACGAUGACUAUCGUCUGCUCGACAUAGAUGACGGAGAGGAGGGGGUCGAGAUCACUUUUGAGAGAAAGUUCGACACUUGUGACGACAACGAUUAUAACCCAAUAGAUAAUGGAACCACCCACAUCAUAUUCUUCACAGGGCGCUUCUACGGCAAACCUCGCGGCCUGGACGGAGUUGAAUUGUCGCUUUAUCGACCGGGCAUCCAGAGGGCGCAACUUUUAAAAAGUCAGGUCAAGAUUCCGCCGAUAAGGAGCGACACCUUCAUUGUUGAUAUGAUGGUGACGAAAGUUCACGUUCCUGACGAUGAUACAACGUAUUGGUGUCAGAUCCAGAAGCUUCCUGAGAUGAAGAAAGUUCAUCACAUGAUAAGGUUUGAUGGUAUGGUAGAACCGAGCCACGAGAUGCUAGUUCACCACAUGGAGAUCUUCCACUGUGAGGUGCCAAUGGGUGUGGAGGUGCCUUACUACAGCGGUCCUUGCCCAGAGGAGGGCAAGACCAUGGCCCCGAAUGUGCCAAAACCCCUCAAGGAGUGCAAGAGGGUGAUAGGCGCGUGGGCAAUGGGCGCAAGGCCGUUUACCUAUCCGGAGGAAGCAGGCGUCCCAAUCGGAGGGAAGGAUUUUUCACGCUACGUCAUGGUACAGGUUCAUUAUAACAACCCAGAGAGGAAAGCAGGUAUCAUUGACAGCUCUGGCAUUCGUUUCUACGUGACGCCCCAUCUCCGCCAGUUCGAUGCAGGGGCAUUGGAAUUUGGGCUGGAGUACACACCUAAAAAUUCCAUCCCACCGGGACAUGAAGGAUUUUGGCUGACCGGCGACUGUAUAUCAGAGUGCACUCGAGUGGCCCUGCCACCUCAAGGUAUCGUGAUCUUUGGCUCACAGCUCCACACCCACCUGACAGGAAGGAAGGUUGUGACCAAACACAUCAGGAAUGGGGUCGAGUUGCCGGAGCUGAACAGGGACGAACACUACAGUCCACACUUCCAGGAGAUAAGACUGCUAAGUGAGCCAAGACUCGUCAAACCGGGGGACUCCCUGACCACCUCGUGUAUGUACCACACCACGGACAAGAUGAAUAUUACGAUGGGUGGUUUUGCUAUAACGGACGAAAUGUGCGUCAACUAUAUCCAUUACUAUCCAAAAAUCGAUCUCGAAGUCUGCAAAAGUUCCGUCGAUACUGAUGUCCUCCAUGGAUUUUUCAAAUUCAUGCACAACUGGGACAAAGACGCCACCUCACCCAGUAAAGGCAUAGAGGACAACUAUCGCUCCAUACGAUGGACGCCGAUGACGUCACACUUGCUCAAGACGCUCUAUGACGAAUCCCCCAUCUCCAUGCAAUGCAACAGAUCAAAUGGUGACAGGUUCCCCGGUAACUGGGAUUAUAUGCCUCAGUCAGAGAUCGUCUUCCCCAUCAAGAAGCCAGAGAGGCGCUGUCUGAAUCAGGCAAGUCGUGAAAGCUAUGAGGAAGAGGAUGACAUCCGGAAAUAAUGGGAUAUUUGAACAAAGCAAAAUUGAAUAUUAUCUGAACUCCCAGCUCUAUGCAUGACGGUAAUGUAAAACGAUCGCAUCAAGCAAUAGUGAGAGUGAGCAUAUUUUUUCUAACCGUUCUUUUGAGAAUCUAGAGUGGACCUGGAAGUGUUAAUACUACCGCUAGCCUAAUCGACGGCAAAUCGAUUUCACCUGGGCACACAGCACGUGCAUAUGUGGCAAUUUUACUACAUGCAUAAAUUGAAAUGUAUUAUCACGCCAAAGAAUAAAUUAUUCAUAAUCUUUCCAA